ACAUGAUAGUACGGGAAUCCACUGAAACUUCUCACUCCAAUAUAAUUCGUGGUUCAAGACUGUGUACUCUGCAUUUGAUUUCUGACUGCAUUGCUUUUGCUGCUAUCUCCCAUUUCUGAGAAAAAUCAUGCCCCGCUUCUCACUCCAAGGUUUCUAGAUUGUUAUGGAUCAUCAUCAUGGAAAGUUGCCUUCCUACUACUAUAUAAAGAGACUAGGAUUGGAGCAUGAGAGCGAGGAUGUGCUUUCACAACAACUUCCUGACCAAGCCCUUUCAACAAAAUCGGCUCAUAUGAUCAAUUACCUUAACAAGAUACUACUGGAGGAGGACGAUGACGAGAAUAGUGAUGACUUGUUGCUCGGUGAUCCUGCUGCGUUGAGAGCUGCUGAGGAUUAUUUCUAUGAAGCCUUGGGUGAGAACCUCUCACUUGACAGCAGUGUAGGAAGCCAAGUUGGGACCUCAAGUUCUGAUAUUGAUGCCUAUAAUUCAUCAAGUCAGACUAACUUGGAUGGGUUAAAUGGUUCUUUAUAUAGCUUUGAUAGGGCUAAUUUGCUUCCAAAUAUACAUUUUGAUGAUGAAGCCACCUCCAUAUUCCAAUUCCAUAGUGGUGUGGGGGAAGCUAAAAGAUUCUUUCCUUCCAUUAAUCCGAUGGUCAUCCAUUUCGGCCAUAAAUGCCCAUUGGAACUAGAGACCGAGGAACUGAACAGUGGCAGUGCUUUGAGGGUAGAGAAGGAUCAUUCUGCUGAUUCGUGCAGAGGAAGGAAGCACUACCGUGCAAGUGAAAGUGGGCUAGAAGAAGAAAAAGAGGAGGAAAGGAGCAGGAAGCAGAGUGCAAUUUAUGAGGAGGACUUAACAGAGGCGUUUGAUAAGGUUUUUCUGUGUGCAGAUGAUGAUGAUGUUGAUUUUCCGUCUGCAGCUGGAAAGCAACAGCAGAAAGGUCGAAAUGGGCGCAAGAGCCAUUCAAAUAAACAUCGAGCAGAUGGUCGUGAAAUUGUUGAUCUCCAGCCCGAUUUGAUCAGCUGCGCAAAAUUGGUUGCUGAUGCAAAUUAUAGAGCUGCUUUAGAAAAACUAGAGAAGAUUAGGCAUUACUCUUCGCCUACCGGGGAUGCAAAUCAAAGGCUGGCACAUGCAUUUGCUGAUGGUCUUGAGGCACUGCUAGCUAGAACUGGGCUGCAACUUAAUGCUUCAUCAUCGCUUUGCAAGACGAAUAACUUUCCAAGUUAUGCUUCCGAAUUGCAAAAAUCCCGCCUGUCAUCAUCUAUGCCAUUUAUGAGGAUAUUUAUCUUCUUUGCAAAUAAGAUGAUUUAUGAUGUAGCAUCAAGAGCCACAUCACUCCACGUUAUAGAUUUCGGCAUUCUUCAUGGUAUUCAAUGGCCCACUCUUAUUCGGGAUCUUUCACAAAGACACGGUGGCCCUCCAAAACUUCGAAUAACUGGGAUCGAGCUUCCCCAACCUGGUUUUCGUCCAUCACAAACAGUAGUAGAGACUGGUUGUCGCUUGGCAAGAUAUUGCAAGCGUUUUGGUGUACCAUUCGAGUACAAUGCCAUAACAGCAAAGAAUUGGGAGGCACUUAAGAUUGUUGAUUUAAAGCUCAAGCGGGGUGAGGUGGUUGCUGUUAAUUGUAAUGGUCGAUUGACAGACCUACCAGACGAAACAUCAUCCGGUGCUGACAUCCCCAGGGAUAGUGUUCUAAACUUAAUCCGGGAAGUAAACCCUCAUAUUUUUGUUUACAUUACGCUUAGUGCAUCUCACAACUCUCCUUUCUUUGUCAAUCGGUUCAAGUCGGCUCUAUUCUUCUACUCUAGUGUCUUUGAUAUGUUUGAAGCUAUUUUCCCACCCCAUGACGGUCAAAGGCUGCACUUUGAACAAGCAGUUAUGCGGCCUGUCAUAGCAAAUAUCAUAGCAUGCGAGGGCAUGGAAAGGUUUGAGAGGCCUGAAACAUAUAAGCAAUGGCAAUGUCGCACUAUGAGGGCUGGGUUCAAGCCUCUUCCUCCGAGCCCUAAUAUUGUGGAGAAGUUGAGAGCUAAGGCGAGGGAAGCAGGUCACAAAGACUUUCUGUUUGCUGAAGACGGCCAUUGGGUGCUACUGGGGUGGAAAGGUCGGGUUCUUGCCUGCAGCUCUGCCUGGGUAACUCACAACCACUGAUGGAUUGUACAUUUGUAGCAUAUAUCGCUCUGUUGAAUUUUGAUUUCGUAAUAUCUCCUAGAGUUGAGAUUGGGGAACGACGGUCGCUUUCAGUGGCAUGUCCUAGAAAGUCGUCCGUGAAACCAGAAUCAUCUGAUUGGUAAAAGGUAUCUGAAGCGUCCGAGUAAGCCUGAACAAGCAGGUGCCACUCUACUGGAGUUGGAGACCUUUGUUUAUCUGAGUAUGCUUCUCGAAUUUGGGAUUCAAAAAUAGUAGUGUAUUUAUGCGUGAAUAUUCCGUGUAUUUAUGGGCAGACACCCCUCACCUAUAAGGGGCUUCUCCACGACAGAACUCUUCAAUU